GGAGUGACUCGUUGACUGCGGCGACCGCAAUUUUGGAAACAUGGGAGACAUUGUGGGAUUUAUUCUAAAGGACUUUUAAGAAGCACUGGGAAAAUGGCAGAGAGGUUGGAGUGGGUGGAGAUCAUUGAGCCGCGUACACGGGAGCGUAUGUACGCUAACCUGCUGACAGGGGAGUGUGUGUGGGACCCUCCGCAAGGCGUUCGCAUCAAGCGGACUGGAGACAACCAGUGGUGGGAGCUCUUUGACCCCAACACCUCACGUUUCUACUAUUACAAUGCCUCCACCCAGCGCACAGUAUGGCAUCGGCCCCAGGGCUGCGACAUCAUCCCUCUGGCCAAGCUGCAGACGCUGAAGCAGCACACUGACGGCUCCAACCCCCGCCCAGCAAGUGGAGGGGGAGGUAGAGCGUCUGCAGACAACAGCCCGGGACGUAACAGCGGGGUCAGUCGAGAGGGAAGCACCUCCUCAUCCCUGGACCAGGAGCUGUCUGACAAACAGGGCAACAGAGAGGAGGCAGACAGGACUUCUCCCUUCAGGUGGAACACUGGUACAAAGGAGCGGAUGCUGAUUAAGGUAACGGACAGGGAGCCCAGCUUUUUGGCCCACCAGGGAAAUGGCUACUCCCCGUGUGAUCCCCCCACCACACCCGGAGCCCCCUCUGGAGGAGGCACCACCUCACGCACCCGCCGAUCCUCUGGAGGUAACCCCCCCUCUGAACCCGAUGGCUCCCCUGUUCUCUACGCUGACCGCCGCCAGUCUCCCUUCCUGAAGCGGGCCGAGCUGGGGGGAUCGGGCACCCACCGUCGCUCCUCAGCAGACUCUCAGCCCCCGUCGCCCCGCUACGCCUAUGAACCCCCACUUUAUGAGGAGCCGCCCUCGGAGUACCAGCCCCCUCCCAUCUAUGAAGAGCCCCCCACUGACAUGCACCUCUCAGAUUCAUCCUUCUAUGGCACUGGCAAGUCCCCCGCUCGCAAGUCCUCAGCCCCCCUCUAUCAUUCCCCUAAGCAGGGCCAGUCUCCUUAUGGCCAGCUGGUUCUGACCCGCCAGAAGUGUCCUGAGAAGACGCAGAGUCUGGAAUACAGUCCUGUGGGGAAGGAGUACGUCAAGCAGCUGGUCUACGUAGAGCAGUCGUCCUCCAGUCCUCGCUUUAAGACUGCAGACCGCCUGCUCCGUUAUGGAACCACAGGGGGUUACGGUGGCUCCUAUGGGGGGUCCUACACUCUGCAGCACAGCCAGUCUCUGAUCAGAGACCCCCGCCUACUGCUGGACUACAGUGGCGAGGGUGGUGAAGGAGGCCAGAGGCUGCUUUAUGAGGACUCCAUAUCCUGGUCGUCAAGCCAGACCCACACUCUGUCAUCCUCUUCCACAGGCGGCCCCGGGGCGUUCUCCCCUGGUGGAAACCGCAAACGAAAGAGCCGCAAGCCGUCCCUCCCCCAGGAGCUGGCACGCUGUGGGCCCCCCGAAGGAGAACUGGCAGGAACGGCGUCCGAGGCCAUGCUGGCUCAGGCUAGGCUGGCAUGGGAGGCCCAGCAGGUGAUGAAACAGAGGAGCAGUUGGGACUCAGGGCAGGGAGGUGGAGGGUCGGGGCCGGGCGGUGGCUCCAAAGAUGGGUAUGAGAGCGAUGGGGCGGUGCCUCUGCCAUUACCGGGGCCCGUGGUGAGGGCAUUCAGUGAGGACGAGGCACUGGCGCAAAGUGAUGGUCACCACUGGAAACGCAGCACCUUCGACCGCCUCGGCUUCUCUCAGGCCCUGCUGGAGAAAAGCCUCUCUGUCCAGACCAACCUGGCCUCCCCAGAGCCUUACCUCCACCCCUCACAGUCGGAGGACCUCGGAGCCUGUGCCCAGUUUGAAGCCAGUCGAAAUGCCAGGAAUAUGAUGCCAAGCGCCAGCUGUGGCGUUUUCCCUGAGUUCACCCUGAGAAAACCCUCGUCAGAGACUGAUAUUGAGAACUGGGCAUCGAAGCACUUCAACAAACAUACACAGGGUCUGUUUAGGAGAAAGGUGUCCAUUGCCAACAUGCUGGCCUGGAGCAGUGAGCCCAUCAAGAAGCCCAUGAUCGUCACCUCGGACCGCUCCGUAAAGAAGGAGGCAGUGGACAUCUUCAAACUCAUCCAGACCUACAUGGGAGACCGUCGGUCCAAAGUAGAUCCCCUCUCUGUGGCUCUGGAGGUGGUGGUGCGUGGGUGGAGUAACCAGGGUUUGCGUGACGAGCUCUACAUCCAACUGUGUCGUCAGACCACAGAGAACUUCCGCUACGACAGUCUGGAGCGAGGCUGGGAGCUGAUGGCCAUCUGCCUGGCCUUCUUCCCCCCGACGCCCCGCUUCCACACCUACCUGGAGGGCUACAUCUACCGACACAUGGAUCCUCUCAAUGACACCAAGGGGGUGGCCAUCAGCAGCUACGCCAAAUACUGCUACAGGAAGCUGACAAAGGCUGCUCUGACCGGAGCCAAGAAGGGUCUGCAGAAACCCUGUCUGGAGGAGAUCCACCAUGCCAGGAACGCCAUCUUCAGUCCGUCCAUGUUCGGCUCCUCCCUGGAGGAGGUCAUGACCCUCCAGAAGGAACGUUAUCCAGAUCGCCAGCUGCCCUGGGUGCAGACCCGCCUCUCUGAAGAGGUCCUGGGUCUCAACGGAGAUCAGACAGAAGGCAUCUUCAGGGUACCAGGAGACAUAGACGAAGUAAAUGCCCUCAAGCUGCAGGUAGAUCAGUGGAAAAUUCCUACAGGACUGGAAGACCCACACAUCCCAGCGUCUCUGCUGAAGCUCUGGUACAGGGAGCUGGAGGAGCCACUGAUCCCUCAUGAGUUUUACGAGGAGUGUAUCAGUCACUAUGACAACCCAGAGGCAGCCGUCAACGUGGUGCUGGGGCUGCCGCACAUCAACAAACUGGUGCUCUGCUACCUCAUCCGCUUCCUACAGGUGUUCGCCCAGCCGGCCAACGUGAUCAUCACCAAGAUGGAUGUAAACAACUUGGCCAUGGUUAUGGCUCCCAACUGUCUGCGCUGCCAGUCUGACGACCCCAGGGUGAUCUUCGAGAACACCCGCAAGGAGAUGUCCUUCAUCCGGGUGCUCAUCCAGCGGCUGGACACCAGCUUCAUGGACGGAAUCCUAUAGCCCCCCCACCACACACGAACACACACACAUACACACCAUCUGUAGUACAUUUAACUCCCAGCUUCCCCUGUGCUUCCUCCAAACCCCCCUCACCCCGGCCAGGCUCCCUCUCACUCCCACAGAACACAUGCACAUUGUUGCUGCUGGGUGAUUACCUGACAUCUCCAGCACCUUUACUUUCUGGAACUUCUAACAACAGCCUUGUGCUUUUGUUUUUUGUUUUCCUUUUGUUUUUUUCUUAUCGUGCAUUUUGAUUUUGUAAUCUGCUGGUUUCAAUAUGUGUGGCAUAAUUUUUCUAUUUCUGUAGAUCUAAUCCUUUAACUGACAUUUCCACAGGAGAGACACCAACACUGGCGUUGAGAUUUUCAUACGACAUCAGUACGGUGUGUGCCUUCACAUACAUGGAUCUAGUGUAAACACACAAUCUGGGAAUAAGCAGGGAUCUCAUGAUUUCAUUAUGUCCAUGGUUUAAUUCACCGUUAGACCUCAGCAGUUGAUUUGAGAUCAGUCUUAUGGAGUUUGUUUCAUUUUAUAUAAACAAAGGACUUUUGCUUUCCCCUGCUUAACACACUCGCACAUACACACAAACAUUAGCACACACAAACAUGCAAGCUACAGUACACACAAAUCUAGCCAGAGAAUUUCACCAUCUGCAGUGUACGAUACCAUCUAACACAAAGCAAGAAUAUAUCACUGAUUACAUACUGUAAACUUUCUGUCACAGUAGUUAGUGUCACACACGACACACAUAUUGAAGGUCUGCGACGCCUCUAGGGUUUUUUCACCAGAUAUAAAGCCAAACCGGUCCAUCCUCUCUGUACUUUAUCACGUCUGUUUGAUCCAGGUCGCUUUCGACACCAGGUUAAGAGGCGAAGAGCCGUUGUAACGCUGCGUCAGCUGCCCUCGACAUGUUUUACACUGCCAAAGCGUGGUCAAAGCUGGAGCAGCACCGAGGUACGUCCUCCUGUGAUUCUCCCACUGACACUGGCAGAUUAAGGUUUUACAGUGUCGGCGUUCAGCGUGGGACAGACCAGACGUGGUAAAACUGUGCUCCGACUAAAGCCAUGAAACAAUUUAACAGUAAAACUCAUCUAAAGUCAGUUUUCAGAUGAGUUUUAAAAGGACAGUAACAGUGUGUGAGAGCUGUCAGGUGAUGAAAACAUGGACACUAAAAUGUGCAAAGCUCUGUACUCUCUAUUUGGAGUGUUCGCACAAUUCUAACAUCAUAUUAUAUGGAGUCUUAAUUUAAUUCAAUUCAAACUACUUUAUUUACCCCCAUAAGGCAGUUUAGUUUACAGACAACCAGUUGUUGAAUUCAACAAAAACAUCCAAUAUACCCACA